CCAACAAGACCCAAUCUUUUCCACAUUUAUUCAAUCAUCCUUUCAUAUUCUAUAGUUGGAUUUGGUUUAUCCUUUAUCUAGAGAGAGAACAAUAAUAAUGUGGGCAGCCUGUAAUUUACUUAUCAUCUUCUUCUCCUUGCAGAUUACACUUUCUUCAUCACUAACAAAUCACAUUCUCGAUCCAUCAUCCAUUGAUUCUCUUCAACUCAAUGAUGACAUUCUGGGUCUCAUCGUCUUCAAAUCCGACCUUCACGACCCAAAAUCCCUCCUUCAAUCAUGGAACGAGGACGAUUCAACCCCAUGUUCAUGGCAAUUCAUCAAAUGCGACCCCUCCACCGGAAAAGUCUCCGACUUGACCCUCGACAGCCUUGCCCUGUCGGGGAAGAUCGGUCGUGGACUCCAAAAACUUCAAUCACUCAAGGUACUCUCACUUUCCUCUAACAAUCUCACCGGCAGCCUCGCCGGAGCAAUUCCCGCCAAUUUGGAGAGACUUAAUCUAAGCCGCAAUGGGUUCUCCGGCGUUAUACCGGAAUCCCUUUUGUCAAACAUGGGUGCUCUUAAAUUUCUUGACUUAUCGGAAAAUUCAUUCUCCGGUCCAAUUUCUAGUAAUUUCUUCAGUAACUGUCCUCCACUGCGUUUUCUUUCAUUAGCAGCGAAUGCUUUCGAAGGUUCCAUUCCCGUUAGUCUCAAGGAAUGUUCCACACUCAACAGUCUUAAUCUCUCCCGGAAUCAUUUCUCCGGUAACCCUGAAUUCGUCGGUGGGAUUUGGUCUCUUUCCAGGCUCAGAUUAUUAGAUCUUUCAGAGAAUUAUUUAUCGGGUUUCUUACCUUCAGGGAUAUCCUUCAUCCACAACCUGAAAGAACUCCACCUUCAAAGGAAUCAGUUUUCCGGCCUGAUUCCAACCGAUAUUGGAUUCUGUCCCCAUCUGACCAUCUUGGAUUUAAGUUAUAAUCUUUUCACCGGAGCUCCGUCGGAAUCAAUCGGAAGACUAACUACCUCAUUGAAUCACCUCUCUCUAUCGAACAAUUUGUUAACAGGGGAUUUCCCUCAAUGGGUUGGAAAUUUAGAGAGUCUUUAUCACUUAGAUUUAUCUAACAAUGGCUUCAUCGGAGUUCUCCCGGCGAAUAUCGGUGACCUGAAACUAUUAUCCUAUUUGAGUAUAUCCAAUAACAGAAUCGCCGGCGGGAUUCCCGUUUCCUUGGUGUACACCGACCAAUUGACAGUGAUAAAACUGAGAGAUAAUAUCUUAAACGGAAGCAUACCAAAUGGUUUAUUUAAUUUGGGUUUGAAUGAAAUUGAUUUCUCAGGCAAUCUAUUAUCAGGGGAGAUACCGCCGCCUGGUACAAAUAGGCUUUUGGAAUCUCUCCGACGAUUGGAUCUGUCGAGGAACAAGCUUUCCGGGGAUAUUCCGGCGGAAAUUGGGCUUUGUUCGAAGCUGUCGUAUUUGAAUCUUUCUUGGAAUGGUGAAUUACAGUCGAGAAUACCGCCGGAGCUGGGAUUUUUUCAGAAUUUGACUGUGUUGGAUUUGAGGAACAAUGAGUUGUAUGGAUCCAUUCCCGGUGACAUUUGUGAUUCCGGCAGCUUGCAGGUUAUUCAGUUGGAUGGGAAUUCGUUAACUGGAUCCAUUCCUCAAGAGAUUGGAGAUAAUUGUUCUUCCCUCUCUCUACUGACUUUGUCAAACAACAACUUGAAUGGAUCAAUCCCGAAAUCAAUUGGAAUGCUCAGCAAACUCAAGAUUCUAAAGCUUGAAUUGAACCAGCUCACCGGAGAAAUCCCACCGGAGCUCGGAAAACUUGAAAACCUCCUCGCCGUCAACAUCUCAUACAAUCAGCUCACUGGCCGUCUCCCCACAAGCAAUCUAUUCCAAAACUUAGACCAAUCCGCACUUAAAGGUAACUUAGGUAUAUGUUCUCCUCUCUUAAAAGAACCAUGUAAGAUGAACGUUCCCAAACCACUAGUCCUUGAUCCAAAUGCUUUCAGCUCCGGCGACCACUCCGGUCACAGAAACAACAGAGGAUCCUCUUCCCAAAUCUCCGAUCACCACAACAGAUUCUUCAGUGUUUCGGCCAUCGUAGCCAUUUCAGCUUCACUUAUGAUCAUGGUCGGAGUUAUGGUUGUCACACUUUUGAACAUGUCGGCAAGGAGAAGGCAAACAUUCAUUGGAAGUGCCUUGGAGGGUUCAUGUUCCGGCAGCUCCACGUUCCAUUCCGGAAGCCCGUCGCCAGCCACCGGAAAACUAGUUCUCCUAAACUCAAAAUCAUCCAAUGGUGACACAAUUUGCCUUGACAUCUCACCCACAAACACUAACUUGCUCAACAAGGCAACCGAGAUAGGAACCGGGUCAUUGGGGAGCGUUUACAAGGCCACUUUUGGAUCCUCCCCCGGGCAAGAAGUCGCGAUAAAGAAACUCGUCGCGUCUAACAUCACGCCGUAUCAAGAAGAAUUCGACCGACACGUUCGAAUCCUUGCAAAGGCUGUGCACCCGAAUUUGGUAACCCUAAGAGGCUACUAUUGGACCCCGGAGCUCCAACUUCUCGUGUCCGACUUCAUUCCAAACGGGACACUUCAAGGCGCCCUUCAUGAAAGGGCUCCCUCGGUCAGUCCACUCUCGUGGACAGACCGGUUCAUGAUUCUUCUAGGGGUGGCUAGAGGUAUAGCUCACUUACACCAUUCUUUUCGGCCUCCCAUCAUUCACUACAACGUGAAACCGAGCAAUGUUUUUCUAGACGAGAGCAUGAAUCCAAAGAUAUCGGAUUUCGGGCUCGUCAGGCUCCUAAACAAGCAUGUGUCUCCCGGAGGGCGGUUCCAAAGCACGGCCGGGUACUUUGCCCCGGAGAUGGCAUGCAGGAGCCUGCGAGUGAACGAGAAGUGCGACGUGUAUAGCUUCGGGGUGAUGGUGUUGGAAGUUGUCACGGGGAGGCGACCGGUGGAGUAUGGUGAGGAUAAUGUUGUCAUAUUGACGGAGAAUGUGAAGGUUAUGUUGGAGAGGGGAAACAUUUUGGAGUGUGUUGAUUCGGCCAUGGAUCAUGAGUAUCCUGAGGACGAGGUUUUACCUGUGUUGAAGUUGGCUCUAGUUUGUACUUCUCAAAUACCUUCUAGUAGGCCUUCUAUGGCGGAAGUAGUGCAAAUUCUUCAAGUUAUUAAGACCCCUAUUCCACAUAGAUUCUAAGUCUUCUUGUAAUUCUUAACAGCAAUUUUAGUUUCUUUGUAUGUUUUAGGGUUUAGGUUUGUGUUUGUUUCUCUUUGAAUUAUGUUGUAAUAUUUCUAUGUUUGACGUUAAUUAGGAUUAAUCUAUUUAAAAAUGAUCUUGUUUUUA